AUUUGUCUCUGCGUAACACCCUAAAUAUUCUCUGGAGGCAGGGUUUAAGUUAGAACGAACACCCCCAGCUAGACCUAGACGAGCUUCUCCCUUCUGUUGGCUGAAAACUUGUACGUAAGAAUCCUAAAACGGAAACAGAAGAGUAGACAUGUCGCUUGUGGCGAACGAGGACUUUCAACAUAUACUUCGUGUACUGAAUACGAACGUCGAUGGUAAACAGAAGAUCAUGUUUGCUCUCACCUCUAUCAAAGGUAUUGGUCGCCGUUUCGCCAAUGUCGUGUGCAAGAAAGCCGAUGUCGACAUGAACAAAAGAGCCGGUGAACUAUCUGCCGCUGAACUGGAGAACCUGAUGUCCAUUGUGGCAAAUCCUCGCCAGUACAAGAUCCCUGAUUGGUUUCUGAACAGGCAAAAGGAUUACAAGGAUGGCAAGUAUUCACAGCUUGUCUCCAAUGCAUUGGACAUGAAGCUUAGGGAUGAUCUCGAGCGCUUAAAAAAGAUCAGGAACCACCGAGGCCUGCGACACUACUGGGGUCUCCGGGUUCGUGGACAGCACACAAAAACAACUGGCCGCAGGGGGAAGACUGUCGGUGUCUCGAAGAAACGAUAAGUUGGUGUCCACUUUUGUGGGAAAGUGCUCCAAAUGCCGACUUCUGUUAUUGGGUUUCUCUCAGUUUCAUAGUGUGUUUUUUUGUUGAGUAGAAGUUUUUACUCUGGUAUAUACUGUUGCCUUUGAACCAUAGUUUUGUUUUCAAAGACAUUCUAUGAGAUGAAUAUAAUUAUAAAGAAUGUUAAGCGAUGAAAAUGGGUUUUUGUUUGUUGAGCUUGUUAA